GCGCUGGAGGGUUAGUUCAAGACCUGCAGGAGUGUUGGACACAGGAGGACAGAUACACACACACACACACACACACACACACAUAUUUAUAUAUAACUAACAGUUUUGGAUAAUCUCAACUGUGAUCACUGGAAUAAUGAAGUCUCCGAAGCUGAAACCUCGAGCGAAGUUCGUGAACGAGGAGGAUCUGAACGACGUGCUGUGCGAGUUCGACGCGGUGAUGGAAGACUUCACGUCGCCGGUGGAGAAGCGACACUUCAGGUACGACGAACACCUGAAGACCAUGAAGAGGAGGAGCAGCGCGAGCGUCAGCGACAGCGGCAUCAGCGACUCAGAGAGUGCAGAGUCGCUCAACAGAAACAGCUUCAGCUUCAGUGACGAGAGGCUGAACUCCACCAACUCACCUCCUCUUAUGUCACCUAAACCGAAGCUUGGCGACACGAAGGAGCUGGAGGACUUCAUCGCCGACCUUGACAGGACAUUAGAGAGCAUGUGACGCGGAGGCUCACAGUCGUCUUGGAGUGUGGCCAUGAGGGAGGGAGGGAGUGGACGUCUGGACCCCCAUUGAGCAGCUAACAUGCGCCUGGCCCCCACACUGAAAACCACCCAACAGGAUGCCACAGCAAUAUCCAAGUGUCUCCAGCACGGCAGCAGGUCUAGCCAGCACCCUCCUAAAGUUAACCCAGCAGUGCUCCACUACCUCCAGGACAUCACUCACCACAACAUGGCUCAGAGUUAGCACUGUGGGGGCCGAGGACGAGAAUACUUCUGCAGCCCUGAUGUAAUGGACUCCAUGAGAUGUUGGGAGGAGAUGUGGAAUAUAAUGAGUCACAUUCAUAAAUCAGACCAGGUUGCACUCCCUCGUCCCAAACUUGAGCUGGAAGAGUAUUUAAAAAAUGGCUUUUUAUAAUAGAAAUAUAUUUGUAAUUUUAUAGAGCUUCUUAUUGUAAAUCUCUUUUUUUUUGGGGGGGGGGAAUAUAUUUUUGUAUUUUAUGUAAAUAAUAAUUGUUCCAAAUUCUAUAACGUCAGAUUGAGAUUGGAAACUUAACUGGAGUGAAGUUGGUUACAUGUGAACUGAUCAUUUAAUCAGUAUAUGUGUAUUUAAUACAGCUAAUGCCAGACGUGAUAUUAAAGUAUGAAAUGUU